GACAGAGACGACAGUUAUGUAAUAUUUAUUUUUCGACUGUAAUUUUCCGACAAUAUCCAAAUUUUCAAGAGUUCACACCAAUAGCUGAAAGCAGGCAAAAACCAAAAUGAUCGGAAGAAUACCAAUCAGUCGUUACUUGCCCAUUCAUUAUAUGGGACUACUGCGUCCUGCCCUGAGAUCUGCACAGUUGUCACCUCUGGCGGAGCGACGCCUUAAACAUGGAACGGAGGACUCGGGAGAGGAGUCAUCAGAUAAGGCUCGCACUCGCCUGCGACAGGUGAAAACUAUUCAAGUGCGACAGGGUUUUUGUGGGAGAAAAAAUCCGGCCGGGGAUGGUGCAGCAACAAGCGGCCUGAUGACGGAGUACGUGGGGCAUGACAAGCAGGAGGCUAUAAUGGAUACCAAAGAGGAAGAAACUCGGAAUGAAGCAAAGGUGGAGCCCAUGAGUGAAGCAAAGAAUGAACCCGUGAGUGAGGCAGUGACUGAAGCCAAGGAGGAAGCCUUCUCUGAAGAAAAGCAAGAACCCAUUAGGGAAACAAACGACUCCCCAAACAGUGAUGUCAAAGACGAACCCUUCACCACCGAAAUCCCCCAAGAGCGUAGACAGGAGUCUCCCUUCGAGUCCAGGCCAGAGCUACCCAUGGAGGGGCAGCCCGCCACUCCCACACAACCAUCCCCACAACAACCAAAUCCCAAGAAUCCCUAUCACAUCGUGACAUGUCAACAGGAUCACCAGGAUUCACCGCCAUCAAAUGCUGAAGCGUCCGAAGGUAAAGUAAAAGUGUCUGGCACGAUCAUGUUCAAGGAGAGCUCUCAUUUUAAUACCAACUCAUUGCACAUUCUGGAAAACGAAGCAACGAAAAAAGGGGAGUCCAUGAAUGUUUGGGCACAAUCCUUUGGCUCAGAGGCAACGAGCUCUGAUGUCAUGGAGCCCGCGAAGAAGGAUAAUGUAGACUCUGCCGCCAAGGAAGAGAAAACGCAAAUCAUUCUGGAUUUUGAAACCCAAGCCUCAACUAAUACAGAAGGAAACAUAGAUAUUAAAGUCAAUUCUUCGACAGCCGAUGAUAGUCUGAGCUCUGAAAACAAGAACGAGCUCAGCGAGGGCACGCAGGCGAAGAUUGAAGAGGUAUAUCAAACGACUCCAAAAGGAUACGAGAUUGGUUGUGUGGUCGAUUUUAGUGGCAUAGUCCAAAGACCCAAAGAUUCAGCAGUGAAGGCAGAACAAGCCGUGGAAGCCAUUGUCCCUGAAACUACAAAUCUUGAAGAUAAGCUCCAGACAUCCUCGACAGCAGAGAACGAAGAACAAGCCGUGAAAGACGUAGAAGAAGUCGAAACUAUUGUCCCUGAAAACCCCGAACAGACAGCCUUCAAAUCACCCACCAAUAAUUUAACCAUUAGGAUCGUAAGGAAUGAGGAUGGUUCGCCGGUUCACCCGGUAAUUACUACGCGAAUACCUUCAUCGGAGCUCAAGUCGGAUAGGGAUGCACCGCCAGAAGAGGACUCUUCUUUGAAACGUGAUUCCAAAAGAAAGGUAGAGUUUAUACAGACCCAACCGGUGCUCACGAGCGAUGGGGAAAUGAAACUGUUGGUACCCACAUCAGAGGACUUGAGUCCGGAGCAAUCCUUGCAGAAAGCCACAGAAAUUAAACAGGAAACUAAUGAACUUCAAUCGGAGAAAACAGAACUCCAAUUGGAGAUGAAAAAACUGUAUUUGGAGGCAACACAACAGAAAUCGGAGGCAAAAACAAUUGAAUCCGAGUCAAAAGAACUUCAAUCGGAAAUGAAAGAACUUGAAUCGGAGGCAACAGAACUUAAAUCGGAAAUGAAAGAACUUGAAGCGGAGGCAACUGAACAGAAAUCAGAGUCCACAGACGCUGUUUCCGCAUCCCAGACAGGUGCCCAGAAUACUCCUAAGUCAGCGGCGGAAAUAAUCUCCAUGCUUGAGCACAAACACAAAGCCAAGAAAUCCAUGUCCUUUGAUCUGCCCAUUAAAUCCACAUCGCAGAUAGUUCAAACAUUUGGUUUGAGACCCGAACCUGGUCAAGGAUUCAGAGCCAAAGGCACGCUAAACAGAACCGAGUUGGACCGACAAGCCGAUGAAUACUUUGCGAAGAUCAACGAACCGGAGACCUUACAAUUGGAGAAGAAAAGGGAAGAAGAGACGGCGCAUAUGGAGAGUAAAAUGCAAUUAGAAACUUCACAAUUAGAGAACAAACUGGAGGCAGAAUUGGAGAAGACAAAAAUGGGACCCGAAAGCUCAACCUUGGAGAUGAACGUGGAGCCAGAUAACUCCCAACUGGACAGAAAAGUGGAACAAGUAGAGACCGCAGAGGAAUCCAACAGAAAAGCUGAGGCAUAUUUUGAAACUAUUGCCGAACUAGAGACCUCGCAGCUUGACAACAAAUUGGAAGAAGAGCAGAGCCUUGAGGAAUCAAAGGCCUCCGCGUUUGAGGAAAUGUCAAAAGCUGAUGAAUACUCUGCCAAAAUUAAUCCCGAGCUGGAAACUUCUCAGCUAGACAGCAACGUGGAACCCGAAGUCUCAAAAAUAGACAGAGAAAUGGAACCCAAAGUCCCAAAAUGGAUGAGAAACGUAGAAGUGCAAAACCCGCACGAACCCAAAGAGUACGCUGCAUUUAAGGCCAUGGUUCAAGAUAGAAAAGCUGAUGAAUACUUUGCCAAAAUAAACGAAGCCGAAAUGUCACAGCUGGACGGGAAAAUAGAACCCGAAAGCUCACAAUGGGACACGAAAAUGGAACCGAAAACCGCCAAGAAGCAAAGAAAAAUUCUCCUGUCACCAGAUACAACAAAAGAAGGCACCCCAGAGAACGCAAAGUCUUUCGAGGAAAAGUCCACCAGCUUUAUACUGACACGCAGGGGGGAAAAGGAGCAAGCAGAUGACACAGACUUGAACGAGACAUCAAUGGAAAUGAAGCUAGAUGAUGCCAUAGCCGACCAGAAAGUGGAGGAAACAAAGGACGAGCCAUCUGACAGACCUCUCUUUGUGCCCCCUGACGACAAGGAUAGGCUGAAAGAAAAGAGUCUAAUGUCCGAAGGAGAUCUCUACAAACCCCAAUCGGAGGAUCCUAUGGCUGAUGAUGUGGCAGAUUAUGAUUCAAAGCCGUCACCCACAAAGCCGACCAGCAAGGAGGAGAAACCCAGAAGUAAACCCAAGCUGGAGGAUGGAGAACUAGACAUCAAGCUCCUAGUUCGAGACGAAAAAGCCGAGACUGCCGCCGGUACACCCAAGACAACUGCCGCAUCAGACAAACAGAACUUUGUUCAAUAUAUCGUUGGGAAAAUCUUUCGCAAAGGAAGGAAGACCUCACCCACAAACAGAAAAAUGUCCACAUAUUGCCAGAGGCGUGACUUGAACAAAAGCUCUACUCUGCUUUGUCCUGAGGAUAAUGACAUAUUCGAUGAUCCGUACAGUCCAGAAGAGGGCAAGAUAAUUAAUCCAGACGACAAUGAUUUCAUUUCGCCAGAUCUCAAGAGGCAGGGUCUGGGUGCCAGAGCCAUACGCGAGGACCGUGAAGCGAAUGGGGAAUAUGGACAGCCCCAAGCCAUGAACAAGGAUACUCCGAAGGGUGUUUGGUCAAUAAAUAAAUCAAAGACUCCUUUGAGUCCUCAGCCAUCGGUGAAUAUGAGCACGGCCAUACCCAUGUUGCAGUUUUCCAGCGAUAACAAAGAUCCCCUGAAGAUUCUCGGCGGUUCCGCCAAGUGCAAAAACCGCGAGAAGACAAUACGCGAACAACUGAUGGAAAAGAAAGAAGAUAAAGACAAUAAAAUUGAGAUCCUGGGCGGCUCCGAGCAGUGUGCCGAAAAGUUGAAGAAACUGAAAAAGAGUCCCAAAGAUGAUGAUUGCAAAAGCAGUUUCAGCAGCUACUUUGAAGGAUUCACCAAAAUGUUUUGGUCUUCUAGUGUUUCAGAGGCAGAACCACCAAAAAAGGAAAAAUAGGAGAGCAAAAUGCAGAAGAGGUUGCCCUGCCAAUUGAAGCUAAUUGAUGGAGAGGACUCACAAUCAAUUCGCAAAUUUAAAUUAUUUCUUUAUCUAA